AUGGUGAAUGAAAUUAAGAAAACUGAGGAUAAUGUCAUCAGUACAUUAGGCGACAUCAAACGAGCAGUAGCUGACUUUACGGGCAUGUUUGCAGACAUCAGAGGAAACAUAACGGAUGAGAUGUUAAAGAGCGGCGAUGAGAUAAACAGGAGAGAAGAAUACCUUAUUACAGAAUCGUUCAAGAAACGUUUUGAAGAAACAAGAAACAACCUAAUUAGUGACAUUGACGCUAAAAAAGUGGAACUUAAUCAAAUUCAAGGAAAACUCGAACAACCUCCGAUCGCUUUUUAUUCACAUCACUUGAAAGACUUGCUUCCUGAUACUACGAAUGAGAUUCUCAUAUUCGAAAAGACAUUCACUAACGAGGGAACAGGUUACGACACAUCCACAGGAAUCUUCACGGCACCUGUCGGAGGACUGUACCAGUUUGUUAUUCAUACAUGUGCUUAUAGAGGAAAACAUGCUUAUCUUGGCCUUGUGAUGGAAGGUAACGUAAUUGCAGCAGAUGCUAACUAUGGUGAUGAAUCUCAUGGCUGUAGUAACUUUGGUGCUUUAGUGAGAGUAAAAUCAGGAGAAAAAGUUUGGGUCAAAUCAACAUCGUCAAGUUCUAAUCGCCCGUUAGUUCAAGACAGAUACAGGAUGAACACAUUUAGUGGGAUACUUGUCAAUAACUGAAUUAUAAAUAAAUCAAUACUAGUAAUUAUUAAUGGGUUUAAAAUCUGAUUUCAGUGUUAUAACAUUGUUAUUAGCUGGUGUUAAACGUAAACGUUUUGAUGUAAACUGCUUCAAUGCAUUUCUUGAGACUCUCAUUACAUGUAAUACGUAACAGGAGUGUUUUGUGAAAUGAGUCGAAAAUUGUCGAUUUAUCUAUGAUGUGUCUAUAUAUGUUGUGACGAAUAUUAUUCAUACAAUGUUUUAUUUUGCAUAUUACCAUUAUUAGUUUAUGUUAGUAUCUUAUAGCAAAAAAAAGACUGAUUGAAAUUUAUUACAGCAAAGAAAGCGAACCUUAUGUUUAUGUAUGUUUUGUUGGUAUGUAAUUUAAAGCAAUUGAAGUUUCUAUGUUUAUUAAAACAAAUAAUAUACACCAGUGAAAUUAAAUCUAUGACAAACAUUAAUGUCAAGUGUUAUUGAAAAAAACCUGACAUUCUUAACAAAAGGACCACCAAAGGGAAUGAACUUUACCAUGUUAAGUUAGUGCAUUCACUUCAGAUCAAUAAAAAUAAUCUUGAUUUAUAUUUCUGCAAGAGAAUUAUUUUACUCAACAUGAACAUUGUAUAUCUUAUAGUCUAAGAUAAACUUCUAUUCUGUUCUGCUCCUUAAAAGUAAAAUCAUUACUGAAACACCUUUUAAAGGAUUUCAAAGUACGUGCAUUUGCACGUGCAACAUUGUAAAUAUUUGAUUGAAACUAAUGGAUUACAAACAACACAUUUAAUUGUUUCCAUGAUGUGUAUUAAAUGACAACCUUAACAAGUCUCGGUGGUUAGAGAAUUACCAUAUCAGUAAAUAACAUGGUGGUACUGGUAUUGGUUGUUGUCUUGUUUUGUUAUAAAUCAGAACUAGAACCUUGACGUAUCGGACUGUGAGUCAUGCAUAUAUGUAUACGCUUAAAACAACGAUCUCAAACAUUUUGCGAAUUUCAAUUGUCAAUCUAAAUAUUUUUUUGAAUAAAGUUCACAUUAUCGUGCAAACAUCAUAAA